AAAGAGGCGAAGGUUGGUGCAGGGACUUUGCUACGUGUCUCCCCGGGCAGCUAUAUACCUUCUCCUGCUCCGGGAGUGCAGUACUCUCACAGGCUCUCCUGCAAUCACAUCCUGCCCCGGGGGUGCUGCACUCUCUCAGUCACACAGAGCUCUGUAUCUCUUCUCCAGCAAUCACAUCCUGCGCCUGACACUAUGUCCCAGACGAACAACAUAACGAAGUCCACAAAUGUUGUUUACCAGUCCCAUCAUGUGAGCAGGAACAAGAGAGGCCAAGUUGUAGGCACGAGAGGGGGCUUCCGCGGAUGCACGGUUUGGCUAACAGGUUUGUCGGGAGCUGGGAAGACGACACUUGGAUUUGCUCUGGAAGAAUACCUGGUGACUCAUGCUAUUCCCUGCUACUCCCUGGAUGGUGACAAUAUUCGUCAAGGGCUGAACAGAAACCUCGGUUUCACCUCUGAAGACCGAGAAGAGAACAUCCGCCGUAUCGCAGAGGUUGCAAAGCUGUUUGCUGAUGCGGGCCUGGUGUGCAUUACCAGCUUCAUUUCUCCUUAUACCAAGGACCGUGAAGAGGCACGUAAAAUACACGAUAGCGCUGGACUCCCAUUUUUUGAGAUCUUUGUGGAUGCUCCUUUAGAUAUCUGUGAAAGUAGAGAUGUGAAGGGUUUAUAUAAGAAAGCCAGAGCUGGACAAAUUAAAGGAUUCACUGGAAUUGACUCUGGGUAUGAGAAGCCAGAUGCCUCAGAACUUGUGCUGAAGACAAAUCUUCACAGUGUAAAUGAAUGUAUCCAUCAGAUAGUGGAACUGCUACAAGAGAGGGCCAUUGUCCCAUCGGGAGCUAUAAAGGAAGUCCAUGAAUUGUUUGUGCCUGAGAAUAGGUUCAAUCAGGCCCGAGAAGAAGCUGAGAACUUGCCUUCUGUCCAGAUUACUAAGGUGGACCUUCAGUGGGUGCAGGUGCUGAGUGAAGGCUGGGCUACGCCGCUCAAGGGCUUUAUGCGUGAGAGAGAAUAUCUGCAAGUCCUCCAUUUUGACACCCUUUUAGACGAUGCCAUGCAUAACUCAGAUUUAUCAUUCCCAAAGUAUCUUGGGGGUGUGAUCAACCUGAGCAUUCCCAUUGUGCUGCCUGUCACCAGGGAAGACAAGGAAAGGUUAAGUGACAGUAAAGCCUUUGCUCUGUCCUAUAAUGGGAAAAUAGUGGCCGUUUUGCGGAACCCAGAGUUUUUUGAGCACAGAAAAGAGGAGAGAUGCGCUCGAGUGUGGGGCACUACUUGUUCUCAGCAUCCUCAUGUCAAAAUGGUGCUAGAAAGUGGUGAUUGGUUGGCUGGUGGAGAUCUUGAGGUUUUGGAAAGAAUCCGGUGGGAAGAUGGUUUAGAUCAAUACCGUUUUACACCUCUGGAGUUGAAACAGAAAGCUAAAGAAAUGAAUGCAGAUGCGGUUUUUGUUUUUCAACUGCGAAACCCAGUUCAUAAUGGACAUGCUUUGCUGAUGCAGGACACUAGGCGCCACCUACUGGAUAGGGGCUACAAGUGCCCUGUGCUUCUAUUACACCCUCUGGGAGGGUGGACAAAAGACGAUGAUGUACCUUUGGAGUGGCGCAUGAAGCAACAUGCAGCUGUACUCGAGGAGGGCAUUUUGGAUCCAAAGACGACCAUUGUGGCCAUAUUUCCUUCACCAAUGUUGUAUGCAGGACCCACUGAGGUUCAGUGGCACUGCAGGUCUCGUAUGAUCGCUGGGUGCAACUUCUACAUUGUGGGACGUGACCCAGCUGGCAUGCCCCAUCCUGAAACCAAACAGGAUAUGUAUGAGCCAACACAUGGGGGGAAAGUGCUGAGCAUGGCCCCAGGACUGACCUCAGUGGAAAUCAUCCCAUUCAGAGUGGCUGCCUACAACGUAAAGAAUGCAGCUAUGGAGUUCUAUGAUAAAGAAAGACACAACGAGUUUGACUUCAUCUCUGGAACCCGUAUGAGGAAACUGGCACGCGAAGGUGAAAACCCUCCAGAUGGCUUCAUGGCCCCCAAAGCCUGGAAAGUUUUAACAGAUUAUUAUUGCUCACUAGAAAAAAACUAUUGAUUGUGAGUGCACAAAUAGGAACUCAAGUAGAAGAAACCAAUAUUCUAGUUUGUUUUUUAAUUGAAAUGAUUAAAUUCAUUUAUAUGAUAAUUAGUAAGAAAAAGUAUUUUAUAGCUUUUAAUACAAUUCUAAUCGUCUAUUUAUAAACAAAAAAGUAGCAUUUUUACCAUUCCUUAUAGUCAGUUUCACCAUAGACAGAGAAAUAUUGAAUGCUGGUACGUGUAGAAGUUGGCAGAGAACUAAGAUUGGCCAGACCCCAGUACUACAGAGUGAUUCAAAAGUCGCAGUACACCCCUU